GACUAGGAAAAUUCCUGUUGGAGAGAUGCAUAUUCUCAAUAAAAUGUAAGCAGAUAGGGAAAUUCGCUGUUCAAGCGAUUGUGUGUUUAUUCUAAAUAGUCGGAAAUAGUGACCACUAUCUAACGUAUACUUUUGGACUUCGGACAAGGUGUUUUGGCCGGCUGAUCAAAGGAUAUUGAAUAAAGAAUAACUUAUGAAUGUUUACUUUCAUACGAAACGAAAAUAAGGUGUUUUGAAUCGGGGUGCAGGAGGGCUUGAAUGCAUGUUAAUUGCUUUCUUUAAAAAACAUGUAUAAAUAGCAUGAUAUAGGAAAAAAAAAGCGAGUUUAAAUCUAGAUAACCUUCUGUGGUUCAAGAUGCUGCCUUUGAUAAGCCUAGUGAAAAUUCAACAUGUGAUUGCAAAUAUGAAACAACAACAAACAUCAUAAAACUAAAUGAGGUUCCGGUAAUUCAAAUAGAUAAAAUAUAUACUUUAUUGAUUAAUGAUAAUAGAGUUUUAAAGGAUUUUUAUUGUCAAAUUAUUCAAACUGGCGGUGGGAGACGAAAAAUCGGAAAUGCAGACCUGUGCCGGCUGUGACAGGCCAAUAUUGGAUCGGUUCCUUCUGAAUGUAUUGGACCGAGCCUGGCACGUGCGUUGUGUGCAAUGUUCGGAUUGCAACGUGACACUUACUGAUAAAUGUUUUUCACGAGACGGAAAACUUUACUGUAGAAAUGAUUUUUUCAUGAGAUUUGGGACAAAAUGCGCCGGAUGUCUACAAGGAAUAUCACCUAGUGAUCUCGUGCGUCGAGCGCGGAACAAAGUAUUCCAUCUUAAAUGUUUCACGUGCAUGAUGUGUCGCAAGGAACUCUCAACCGGAGAAGAAUUGUAUAUAUUAGACGAAAACAAAUUCAUAUGUAAAGAGGAUUAUUUAUCGAGCAAGUUUUCUGGUUCUGAUGUAGAGGACGAUGGCGAUUUUGAAAGUGUUUUAGACCAGUCCAUGCAAGAUGGCGAAUUUGGAACGCAAGACGAACCUCAAUCGAACGAUCAAGACUUAUUUAACGCAACUUCUGAACAUGGUUCUUUAAAUGGUCAAAUAAGUGACAUUAGUCAAACUCUUAACAUACAAGCAACAGACCAAACAAAUCAUUUAGUAGGGUCUCAUUUAGGAUUAAAUCUUUCAAUUUCAAAAACAUCAACGGAUUCUAAGUCAGAUACUAACAGCUUAUCGGAUUGUCAUCUAAAUUCGGAUAACAUGGGUCUCAGAGACGAGCAUCGGGACCAGUUAUCGGACUCCUGUUUGAGCCCUGCUGGACAGGACUCGCAAAUACCCGACCAUAAUCCGGGUAGUAACUGUUCUAGUCAAGAAAAUAAUGAUACUAACAACAACAAAGAUGGCGAGAGUAACGGAAAGUCUGGGAAUAAACGACGAGGCCCUCGCACAACUAUUAAAGCCAAACAGCUGGAAGUGCUGAAGGCCUCCUUCAACGCAACUCCGAAGCCAACACGUCAUAUCCGAGAGCAACUGGCAGCGGAAACGGGUCUAAACAUGCGUGUUAUUCAGGUAUGGUUCCAAAACAGACGAUCCAAGGAACGCAGAAUGAAGCAACUUAGCGCGCUUGGUGCCAGACGACAUUUUUUUAGAAAUCCACGGCGCAUGCGCGGUCUUAGAGGUGACUUAGACGACGGUGAUAUGAUGGGUCAAGGAUACGGGUAUUUUAAUGAAAAUGGCCAAGAUUUCUAUCCGGGUUACCCCGGUCCAGGCUUUGGCGACUUCUUCCCCGGACAAGGACCAGAAAUGCCCCCGGGGAUGGCGCUUCUACCACCACAGGGACGGGGAACACCACCUUUAGUGAUGGAACAUCAAAUGCAUCCCGGAGGUCAUAUGGGUCACGAAGGUCAGUACCUAUCACCACAAGACAUGAUGCCACCAUCGUCUCCAGAGCCUCUUAUGCACCCGGAUGAACAGUAUUUAAUGACGUCACUUCCGCCCAGAUCAUUGGCGCCUCAAUUUCAGCCACACUCGAGUGAAAAUUGGGGAUAACACUUCAAAAAGAUUUAGAUACAUUGUUAUAGUCAUCAUUUCUAUAAUCCAAAAUCUUAUGAAGGCAUUCAAGACAUUUACUUAAAAUAUGGAGAAUUUCUACACUUUGCUUGUCCAAUGUUUGCUAUUUUCGAAAAACAUGUGUUGAAUGUAUUUAUAAGUUGACAUGUAAGCUGUGUAAAUAUGACGUAUAUUUAUUUGUAAAUACUAGUAGGUAAUAUAAUCUCUACACAGAGAUUCUCUUGAACCGGGAUAUCGGCAAUAUGACGUCAAAGAUGUGACGUCACGUCAAAAUUGACCACUGUUGAAAGUUUUACAAUUACAAAUUUGGAAAGUUACAUCAUUCGUUUUGGUAAGGGGAGGAAAUAUGUUACUUCCAUCUUUUAAAGUUACUAUUAGGAACUUGUUAAUGUUGAAGUUAAUUAAGAAAGAAGUAGGAAAAUGUCACUAUUUCAAGAAUUCUAAUCGUUUUGAAUACACAGUUAUCAUAUUAUUAUUUCUGUUUUAUUGUCUUAUGACUCGUUUAUAUAAAACGUAAACUGUAUUCUUUUGCCAAUGUUGAUAUCAUACUUUUUAUCAUAGUUCAAGACAAUGAAAUGAAAAAAUACUGAACACGCUUACUUAUCAUGAAAUGUUUGAAACUAUCAUUUUCAAUUUUUCUUCUCAAAUGUUCUAUUUAACUUGACUAAAUAUGAGAUUUGUCUGCCUAAACUUGUGAUAUUUCACUAACUUAUACUUAAGGCUUUUAAAAAUGGUCAAUUUCAACAUGGCGAUGAUCACAUAUAUUAAGUGAUUUACUAUGAAAGUUCAAAAAGUUACAAACAAAAACAAAACAUUCUCCGAGAAGAUCAUCUGUUUAUAUUUAUCGUUGUAUUCUUAUAAAACCUUGCGUUUAGAUAAUGUUUUCUUUACUUUGAGACAGUUAACAUAUAAUUGUUUAUUUUUUCAUAUUCAUUUAUCAUAGGUAGGAAUUAUCCAUCAAUAUUUUUGACAAUAUCACAAUAUGUAGGUAUAUUUCUAAUGGCAUUUGGUUUCUUUUAUUUUUAAGGAAUCAUCGAUGAAUAAUGACACCAUAGGAGAUUCUAACAAAUGCUGAAUUGUAUUUACUGUGUAAAUACUAUACUAAAUAAGCAUAGUAUUUUAUAUAAGACAAAAUCUGGCGGUUAUACAUUUACACACCUUUAAUUGAAAAAUUUAUAUUUUGAUUGAUUUAUAUAUAUGCACAACCUCAGCCUGAAAAUACACCGGCGGUCAGUGCUUUCUAAUCAUGGUAUCCAUUGUUCACUUCAUGUAUUCAGUCAGUACUUAUUUUAAAAAGUUCCUUAAAAUGAUGAAUGGUUUGGUCGAGAUUGAAAGAUGGACAAGUCCACUUAUGAUAUUUAGCUUGGUUAGGGUGAAUGAAUCAAAAUAUUAGCGAUGUUAUUUAUGUAGUUUCACUGCCAAUAUUAUGUUUUAAGUCCAUUCCACAAGUUUAAAAUAAAUCAGGGAUUUUCAUGCAGAUAUUUAUGUUAACAUGUUCGUGUAUUUAUGUCCACAUUUUUUUGUAUAUUUAAUUGUUAUUUAAUGUGUUUAAAUAGUUAUCUUUUAAUGUUGUAUUAAAAAUGAUAAGUGGAAAAUGUGCUAUAUAAUUCUAAUUAACUAAAUUAAAAAGACUAAAUGUAGCUGAUUUCUUUUGAAAUAUUUGAUAAUCUUGUUAUAAGGUUAUUUUGAGGU